AUGGACCCCCGAUCCACCUCCGCAAUAAACACCACGCAGACCUCCGCCAUGUCCUCGGCACACCCGUCGCCCACAACCAGCAACAUUGUGCCGCCGGCGCCAAAACCGCUCAAGACGCCCUCGACGGCGGCCUAUCUUAAAGACUUCACGCUGCUCGCCGAAGCGGCGAAGCGGGCCGAGAUGGCCGUGCUGCUGCGAGACAUGGAGAGUGUGGAAACGGCAGAAGCAGUUUGAUAAAUUUGUUCUCAGGUUCGGGGCAAGGGAAGGGAAAACGGCCACAUGGCGCGUUAGUAGAGUCAGGAUUUUUGCUACGGGAGGGGAGAGGUGGCUUGGUUGGAUACCCUGAUAAAGACGGGGGCUUGCUUUCUUUCUUUCUUUCGUGGGGCACAGCAUCGGAUGGUGUGUGCGGGUUCGGAUCGUUCUACAGACGGUUGUCUUCUCAUUUCGUUUUCCACCGGUAUGUGGGAUGGGCGUAUAUGGAUACGGCGCGGGGACAUUCAUUGGGUUUGCUUGGGGACGGGGGAUCUACGGCGUUGACAUGCAUGGUUGGGAAUGGAACGCAAUAACUACGCGGACUGGGCGCACCAUGGGGAUAUAAUGCAUAUAACUUUCAUUAUAGCUCUCCUCACGAUCUUCUUCUACCUUGGGUAUACAUGGCUUCCUAUAUAUUCAUAAUAUAUAGAUGAUUAU